AUGAGCAGGCGAAACUGGUCUGUUCUGCGAGAGGGCCGGAGGCCAGCCUGCCCUCCUGGCGGGUCUCCGGAGGGACAGGCCUCCCACCCUUCUCCAGGCAAACCACUCGCUGUUGUCUCUUCUUCUUCUUCUUCUUCUUCUUCUUCUUCUUCUUCUUCUUCUUCUUCUUCUUCUUCUUCUUCUUCUUCUUCUUCUUCUUCUUCUUCUUCUUCUUCUUCUUCUUCUUCUUCUUCUUCUUCUUCUUCUUCUUCUUCUUCUUCUUCUUCUUCUUCUUCUUCUUCUUCUUCUUCUUCUUCUUCUUCUUCUUCUUCUUCUUCUUCUUCUUAUGUUUGUUCUCCUGCGGUGAGUCAAGCGUCCUCGCAGAAUACGAAUUGCUCUGACUUUUGCCUGCCUGUGGUUCUCGCGUCGUUCCUGCCCUCCGCGGCGUCAUCGCCUCCAGCGUUGCCAGAGUUUCCUUGUCCGCUGUCGCGCCCGGUCGCCGGCGAUCGGUCGAGUUUCGCAGCUUUUUCAGCAGCGGUCCUUGAGGCGUCUGCCGCUUCCCCACAGCCGUGGACGAGAGCUGCACUGGACUCGCUGCGUGAGGCCGCGCCCUCCCAGAUCCGCGCCGAGUUUCUUCGCUUCCUCGCGACUACGCCGUCGCAUCUGUUCACUCUGGGAUUGUACGUCUCUGCGGCGACGAACGUUUCUGCCAAAAGCGCUCUUUUCGCGUCUCUCCUCUCCGCUCAGACUCCGGGCGGCUUGUCCAGCUCCGCUGCCGCCUUCUGGAGAGCUGUGGCGCUGGAUCCGCAGCGUCGCGCCCUCCACGAAAUGGUCUCCACCGUUUCGUUUGAGGUGGAUCUCUUGUCGCUUCUGCACCAGGCUCCCCUGCUAGGUGCGGCGGUGGUGAACAAGCCGCGAGAGACGCUUGCGUUCUUGGAGACUGACGUCGUCAGAGACGUCGCAGCGAGCCUGCUUCGACAUAUGCAGAGCUGCGGGGAGCACGACAUGCAGAGCAAAGAGGCGGAGGAAAAGCGACAAGAAGAACAACUGCUGCUCCGAUCCGCGCCUCCCCUGAAGAUCAGACUCACCCACAUCCCCAAGGACAAAUACAUGGAGAGAAGGACUCCGCUCCAAAUUCGAACUAGCGACGAAGGAAAGCUUGUGGUCAUCACGGGUCGCGUCGCUCGCGCAGGCGACCUACAGGCCGUCGAAGAAGAACGGACGAUGUCCUGCCGACAGUGUGGCGAGUGCUUUCGCGUUUUUGCUUGCGCCGAGCAAGGCUAUCAACUCGACAUUCCUCUCAAAUGCCCCGCAGGAAGCGCAGCGAUUCGCGAGCAGCUUCGCGCUCGCACGGCUUCGCAGGAGAAAGUCCCUCAUCGCGGACGCGGGGGCUUUUGGGGACGCCGGCGAGGUCCGUGUGAAGGCGAGACGUUCGACUCGCUGGGCGAGGCGACCUGCCUCAUGGACUACCAAGAAAUCAAACUUCGCUGCUCGCUGGCGGGAGCAAGAAAGUAUCUCUCUCGAGAUCCGGCACACCGCGCGCUGCUACCUGUGGUUCUCCUGAGACACCUUGCAGGCACUGUCUCGAUGGGCGACAUCGUCACCGUCGUCGGCAUCGUAGGCAGACGCUGGCAACGCGUCGUCCGCGACAUGAGAGCAGAGGUCGAAAUGGUUCUCGAGGCAAACAACAUCUUUCACAUUCGCCCGGACCCUCUGGCUGCGUCGCGCCGCAGUGUUGAGUGGCUUUUUCGGGAUCCGUACCUCGUCCAAGUCUUUGCAGCUCACCAGCGCAAACGUCUUCUUUCGACCGACGCUCGAAAGACUUUCAGACCUCCUUCGCUUCAGGACGCGCAUCCCCCACCUGCUUCCUCGUCUUCUUCUCUUGGCUCUGCGGGGAGUCAAACAGAGAGGGAGUCCCAGUCCCCGCGGAAGUUGCGGCAGAAACUGCCGAGCCUCGAGGAGGUUUUCCAGGCCUUUUGGGAGUCGACGGGGCGCGACACAGACGCAGCGCAGGGCGAAGCGACCGGCGGCGCCGGAGAGCGAGGGAGAGCGCGCGAGAGAGGAGAAAAGGGAGAAGAAGGAUUGAGAGGUGGAAGCGGCGGCUGGGAUGAGUGGACGGCGCGAGGCCGUCUUCUCGACGCAGCCUGUCCGUCGCUUUACGGCAUGGGCUCGGCAAAACUUGCCCUCCUGCUGACGUUGAUCAGCGGCUGUGAAGCGCGCACAGUGCCGCCAGGAGGCUUCGGGGACACCCGAGCUCUGGCCGCGAAUUCGUUCGCUUCUCAAGAGGAAGGCGACCAGCAAGAAGAAGAAAGCGGAUCCCGAUGGAGGAAGUUCGUCCGUCCAGCUGCAGGCGACGCCCAGAGAGAAGCCGACAUCUGGGCGCCCCCGACGAACCGCGCGGCCUACCUUCUCUGGGGUGGAGACGCCGCGGAUGGGGACGACGUGAGGGCAGAGACGUCUGGGAGUAAGGCGAAGAGAGAGAAGGCCACCGGGGAGCAAGGAGAGGGGGAAGGAGGCCGUCGCGGAGAACGCGACUCGCGUUUGCACCGACAGCCAGACGAACGCGUCGCGUGCGAGGAAGACGAGGGCGCCCGGUGUCAGGAUUGCCGAAGGCCGGGCAGAGACGACAGAGAGGACGGCGACGUCGAGGGCGUGAGGCAUCGCGAUGCCAAGAGAAAGCGAGAAGACCGCGAAAGUGGAGAAGGAUGCAGCACUCGACACAAAUGCCACUUGCUUCUCUUGGGCGCGACAGGAACGGGCAAAUCGACUUUGCUCCUUGCAGGACGGCGACUCGCGCAGAAGGCCUUUGGAGCAACUGGGAUGGGAUGCACAGCCGCAGGGCUGACAUGCGCCGCUGUUCGAGAUAGCGGCAACGGCGCCUGGCACUUGGACCCUGGAAUCCUCGUUCUGGCCGAUGAAGGCGUCUGCUGUUUAGACGACUUGUAUUUGAUGAAGAAGGACGCCCAAGCCGCGAUCCAUGAAGCCAUGGAGCAGCAGUCGAUUUCGGUCGCCAAGGCGGGUCUGGUCACGCGUCUGACAGCUCGGUGUUCGAUCAUCGCAGCGACCAGCACGGAGACGGGUGCCGUUGGGGGGAAGACUUUCUCUUCGCUUUCCAGGCUUUUCGAUGCAAAUAGUCCGAGUGGCUCGAGCGAAUGCUACGCCGACCUCCCCUGUCUCGAUGCCAACAUGCCUCCCCCCCUCUUUUCAAGAUUCGACGCAGUUGUCGUUCUCGGAGACGCCCCGCGGGCGAUCGAUGCUGUCACCGACUUCAUCGUUGGUCGAGCUGUAGGUCGCGGUCAAAAAUCGUCAGCCGCAGGCCCGCUCCCGCCGCCGCUGGACGUCGCGACGCAUGCAAGUAAGACUGAAAUUGGCUCCUCGUCUUCGUUGGAGUGUUCCCGCGCCGCUCAAGGCCGGCGUCGACCUUCUGCACUCGGUGCGCUGCUGUCCUGGACGACGUCGCUGCUGCGGCUGUACCUCGCGUUUGUUGGAAACACGUUCUUUCCUGGACUGUCGAGGCAAGCGGGGCAAGUUCUCUCACGUUACUACCUGCGUUUGAGAGCCGUGGGCUCGUCGAGCGGCGAAUCGCGUUCGGCGGAAGGUGCUCUGCAUGCGCUGGGUCCGUUUGGGAAGCCUGCCGGUCCGCACGGAGGCGGUACCGGAGUCACAGUGCGGUUCUUCGAAGGUUUGUUUCGCCUCACACAAGCGCAUGCACGACUCAUGGCGAGGCACACCGCAACGCGGAGAGACGCCAUAGCCGUCAUUUGGAUGUUGGAGACAUCGCUCUGUGGCAACCGAGUCGUUCCUGGUUUGAAGAAAGGAAACGCAGACGUGCCAGAGGGACGCCAUGGUCUGCUGCGUCUCUCCGAGGCUUCCACAGCACGUGUGGUGGAUUUCCUUUGCGUUCUGCCUCCGCAAAAAAACAGCGGGGCUUACUCUGCUGGGCCUGACGAGUGGUCAAGGUGCCCGGGGGGCGCAGAAAACGCAGGGAACAGAGAGUCAGCGGGACAACUUGUUUAUCCCUCGCUUCAGACAGUUGCAGGCAAAGCUCUGCACUGCGACAUUCGCAGCGAAGCGCAGUACUUGGCGGUAGAAAAAUUGAUUUUGAAAAAUCUCGGGUUGUCGAUGGAAAGCGGGGGUGCCCAGCAGACCUAG